AUGCGAGGAGGGGAGGAGGGACAGGGAGGGGAGGGGAGGGGGCAGGAAAGGGAAGUGCCAGAGCCACCCCCACCCGGCCCUCGCGGUCUCUCUCUCGCACCCCCCACGCCCCCACCCCCCCGCACCCGCCGCCGCCACUCUGCUCGGAGCAGCCUCCAGACCGGCCGCGUUCCGGGACGUCUCGCCGCUGCCUCCCUGCCUCCCCGGCCGCCUCUCUGCAGCCCUCUCUGUCCCUGUCCUCGCCGGCCGCCUGCUCUUGGACCCUCCAGCAGCUCCGCUCAGCCCGAGCCCGAGCCGGAGCCGGAGCUCGCCCGGCGCCGGGAGCCUGCGGCACAGUCGGAGCCGCCGCGGCCAAUCGGAGAGCCCGCCGGGCGGGGAAGGACGGCCACGACGACCCAGGGAGGAGGGUCCCGGCGAGGCGCCAGUGACCUCGGGAACGAAGGGGUCGCCAACUCGUGGCCGCAGCCGGUCCACGGGCCCGCCGGGCCGCUGCCCGCACAGCCGCGGACCCCGGAGGCGCAGGCCACUCUAGCCCAGCCCACUGCCCUCCGGGCCGGCCCUCCGCCCUCCCCGCCCCUCCUCCCCUACCGUCUGUCCCCUCCCCUCCCCUCCCUCCAGCCCAGUCCACCCCACGUCGCGCAGCAGGCAGACGGAGUGAGUGAAGCUUGCGCGUCCCGCUCGAAGAUGCUACGGCUGUGUUGCGGGGCCGUCCCGGCCGCGCUGCUCCUGCUAGCCUGCUUCUGCGUUCCAGGUCUUGCUAAUAAUGAAGAGGCCCUGAUAAAACCCAAACUGAGCUUCCUGGAGGACCAAGUGGUGAUCCCAGCCGGUUCCCCAUUUGAUAUAACUUGCAGGGGAUCGGCUUCACUAGCCUGGCGCUGGGGCAACAGCUCUUCCAGUGGCUCCUUUCGCAUAUCUGAGCGCCGGUGCUCUGAUGAUCCUCUGCUCAUCUGCAACCAGCUCACCAUCUUCAGCAUGGUGGCUAGUGAUACCGGCUAUUUCACCUGCAGCUACAGAGACAUCUCUGAUUCAGAGGACCCAAGCUUCAUGACCAGAGUGUACGUCUACGUCAAAAAUGACAGCCAGCCCUUUGUGAAAAGAUACUAUGACGAGCCACUGGUGAUCACUGUGUUUUCUGGAGCACAGGAGGUGAUUGUGCCCUGCCGAGUCACUUCCCCUGAACUAAAUGUCAAGCUGGAUCUGUUCAACCCGGGCAAGUUCAACUAUACGAGCAAGGACUGGAACCCCCAGAAAGGCUUCACCAUCAUCCGCCCAUCCUUCCAAUUCUUCAGCAGUCUGCUCCAGUGUGUGACGAAAGUCAGUGGGAAGACCCAUGUCUCCCUCUACCUGCCCCAGAAAGUGGAAACCAAAAAAGAGAAUAUCUCCAUCAGAGUCAAUCACAAAAAACUGCUUGCAGGAGAAACCCUGAGCCUGUCCUGCACCGCUGAGACCACGUUUAAUGGGCGCAUCAAGCUUGACUGGGAAUACAAGAGGAAAGGGAACAAGGCAAAUCCCAGGUGCUGUGAAGUUAAGAGGAACAUGGACCAAAGGACCCCUGUGUACAAAAGCUACAGUAACCUGACCAUCUGGAAUGUGACUGUGGAGGACAGUGGACUCUACCGAUGUCAGGAAGGCAAUGGUUCAAGUCUCCAGGCCAGCAUCAACAUCACUGUGCUGGAGAAAGCAUAUAUCAAUGUGACCUACAGACGGAACACUGUCUACGAGGUGAUUUCUGGCCAUGGCAUGCAGAAGCUAUCUGUAAGAGUGGAUGCCUUUCCUAGGCCCAAUGUCACCUGGUACAAGGAUGGCCAGCUGAUUCCAGAAAACCUUACAUACCAUUCAGACCCAUUAAGGUACAGACUCACCAUCACAGAUGUGAAAGUGAAGCAUUCUGGGAGUUAUACCAUUGUCCUGAGCAACACCCAGCAUGGCCUCUAUGAAAACCGAACCAUCCAACUAUUUGUCUAUGAGAGACCCAAGAUCUAUGAAAAGGAGACAGACUUGAACAAGACUCAGCCGGUGUUUUUGGGCAGUGAACACAUCCUCCGCUGUACGGCAAGUGGUACCCCGCCACCAACCUUUCGAUGGGCUUGGGAGCCCUGCAUCACCAGUGAUGCUAUGUGCAGGGAACGAGGGAAGAGAAUUGAGCUUUCCAAAGCUACUCUUGAAAAAGGCCUGUAUGAUGUCAACCAAAUCCAGUCCAUCGAGGAGACGAUUAUAUCGAGUGGGGAUAGGAACAAGACCCUGAGUAUGCUCACCAUCACUUCUAGCACGAGCUCUGGUGUUUACUUCUGCACUGCUUACAACAAGGUUGGCAGGGACGAGAGAGUUAUGAAGGUCUACGUCUCAGAUGUACCAGGGCAUGUGGAAACCCGACCUCAGGUCUUGGCAAUUGAGGGCCACGACACACAGCUCACCUGCAGAGCAGCCAGAUAUGUCUACGACAGCCUAGCUUGGUUCAAUCCAUUUGGAGAAAAGGUUCCUACCUCAUCCACCGAGAAGCGAGUGAACAAAUACUCUAUUUCCUUGACUCUGACAAUUCGAAACGUGUCCCGCCAGCAAGAAGGACAGUACAAGUGCAAGGCCUGGUACCAGAGGAAUACCACGGCCGUGCUGGAAAGGACUGCUAGACUCUUUACCAGAGGUAAGAGCCCAGUGCAACUCUGCCCCCUGGCAGCCUGCCCCAAGGAGAACCUGGGAUCAGGAAUCAGGGGACCUGACUGUGCUUUGAAAAAGUUGCCCCCUUAUGUCAUAGAGAACCUCACAGAUCUGGAUGUGAACAGCAGUGGCAAAAUUGUGCUACAGUGUAAAGUGGGCGGGACCCCGACGCCUGGCAUCACCUGGCUGAAGAAUGGGAAUGCCAUCCUGCCAGCCUCAGGCAUCUCCUUGGAAAACAACACCCUGGUUAUUGAACGAGCUAAGAAGGAUGAUGAAGGCACCUACAAGUGCAAAGCCACCAAUGAGAUAGGACAAGUGAGCACCUCAGCCCUUAUUACUGUGGCAGGUUCAGAGGAGCGCUCCAGUGUUGAGGUCAUCAUCCUUGUGUGUACCGGCUUAGCGGCCACCCUCUUUUGGCUCCUGUUGACCCUGGUCAUUCGAAAACUCAGAAAGCCCAACGCCCCUGACAUCAAAACAGGAUAUCUCUCCAUCAUCAUGGACCCCGAAGAGGUGCCUCUUGACCAGCAAUGUGACCAACUGCCUUACGAUAGCAGCAAAUGGGAAUUUCCCAGAGAUCGCUUACGGUUGGGGAAGACCCUGGGUCACGGUGCCUUUGGGAAGGUGGUGGAGGCGUCCGCCUUUGGCAUUGACAAAUCUUCAACCUGCAAAACGGUGGCUGUGAAAAUGCUGAAAGAAUGUGCAACAUCCAAUGAGUGCAAGGCCCUGAUGUCAGAGCUCAAGAUCCUCAUCCACAUCGGCCACCACCUAAAUGUGGUCAACCUGCUGGGAGCCUGCACCAAGCCUGGAGGUCCGCUGAUGGUCAUCGUGGAGUUCUGCAAGUAUGGAAAUCUGUCCAACUUCCUGCGAGGGAAAAGAGGAGACUUCAUUGCCUUCAAGACCCAAGACACCUCUGAACAAGGAGAGAAGAAAGCAGAAGACUCUGACUGUGACCUCACGGAGCUCACCAAGCGGCGUCUGGAAAGUGUCGCAAGCACCGGCAGCUCUGCCAGCUCUGGUUUCAUCGAAGACAAGACCUAUAGCGACUCAGAGGAGGAAGAGGAAGACUCUGAAGAUCUGUCCAAACGACCUCUGACCCUGGAGGAUCUGAUCUGCUACAGCUACCAAGUGGCCAAGGGCAUGGAGUUCCUCGCCUCCCGAAAAUGCAUUCACCGGGACCUGGCUGCUCGGAACAUCCUCCUGACUGACAACAAUGUGGUAAAGAUCUGUGACUUCGGCCUGGCCAGAGACAUCUACAAGGACCCUGACUAUGUCCGGAAAGGAGACGCCCGGCUCCCACUGAAGUGGAUGGCCCCUGAAGCUAUCUUUGAUAAGAUUUAUACUACCCAAAGUGAUGUGUGGUCAUUCGGAGUCCUGCUGUGGGAAAUAUUCUCCUUGGGUGCUUCGCCCUACCCAGGGGUGCAAAUAGAUGAGGAUUUUUGCCUCCGACUCAAGGAAGGCAGUCGGAUGAAAUCCCCUGAGUAUUCCACUCCAGAAAUCUAUGAGACCAUGCUUGAUUGCUGGAAUGGUGUGUGCGCAGAGAGACCCACUUUCACUGAGCUGGUUGAGCGCCUUGGGGACCUCCUACAGGCCAGUGUUCAGCAGGAAGGCAAAGACUACAUCCCCCUCAACAUGUUUGACAAAGAGCUUGACUUCAAGGCCAGCCCCAUGGAAGGGAAUCUGAACAAUGACCCUACUCACCAGAGCACCGAGGAAGACAGCAGUGGCAUCCAGAUGCGUCCCCUGAGCGGCAAGACUUCCAGUGAGGUCCUUGUGGAGCCCAAGAAGACCAGGCCUGAGGAGAACAAGUUGGAGAGCAGGCUGGUACUGCCUUCAGUGAAGCGCCUGGAGACUCGAUCCUGGCCAUAUGGACUCAUGGCAUUGGCCCUGAGAGCAACCAGCAGAAGCAAGGAGUCUGUGCUGCUAUCCGAGGAGAAGGAGGCUCUGCAGCCCCAGCUGCCAGCCCAGCUGGAUGAGGAUGACCCUCUGGCCUAUGCCCUGGAGGACUCCAUCCUUCUACCCCUGGAUCCGGCCCUUGAAUGCCACAGCCCACCCCCUGACUACAAUUCUGUGGUCCACUACUCCGACUCACUAGUGUAACUCCUGGCCACUCUUUUUCCUCCAGCUCCUCCCCACCUCAGUUACAGCAUCCGCCAUGUCCUUCUCACCCCGCCCCCCCCCCAAGAGAAUCAAUCCAUGAGUGCCUCUCACAGCUAUACUGUCCCAGGGACGAGCUGUACAAGAAGGGAAUAGGGAUGGGGUGAAUCUCAAUAGUAAAGUCUCUGCUCUUUCUUUGGGGACCCUGCUGCCCAGAUCAUACAUCAAACCAGACUCCAGAUAGGGAGGCUGUUAUUUCUACAGUUUUUGACUACUGCCUCCACAACCCAUCCAUUAAACAGCCCCCCACCCCUGCAACCAUUACACAAUCAUAUACUCACACCCAGGCCAGGUCACCAUAAGACUUCACCAUCUUACAGGUAUCACAGUGGAGGGCCAACCCAUUGUAGCAGGGCUCCAGGUCCCCCAGUCAGAAUACCUAAGGCCUUGAAGGUCUUUCUGAGUCCCCAACACCAAGGAAGACCCUGGUGGAAUUUGACAGUAGAUGCUUGAACAGAGAAGGUCAGAGCAGUAUGUUUUCAAAGCUUCCCCUCAGCUUCCCCCCCCCUCCACUGGCUUCCCGCUCUCCCUGGCUACCUCAUGCUGCUGGUGGUCUUCAUCAGGUUCAUUUGACCUUGUUUAUGCCUUCCCAUCCAGCAUCCACUCCGUAGGCUCUACCAAGUGAUGGAUGACCCCGUUCUGUUCCCCAGCUGUACUUAGCACUUUGUUCCCAGAGUUCCCUUUGGGUCCUCCAGGCGGUCCUGAUUAUGUGAUUCAGAUCUUUGUACUGUCAUGCCACCAGGCUGUGUGUAUAAAUAUAUGUCCACGUGUGCUGGGCACACUCAAGCACCUGCCAAGGAAAGGGCAAUCAAUGAGCCCACCCUUCGGCUUCCACCCUCUGAUGUUGGCCAGGCCUCUUAGGAGAGGACCCCAAGCAGUCUGAGAUUUCUGGAAAUUUCUCUGUGAGAGCUGAUUGCUCUUCACACUUAAUGUGACAACAUAGGGCAGCACGUGAGGCCAAAGGCAGCCUUGGACUUACUCAGAGGUCGGCCGUUGAAUUCAACAAACGUCUACCGAGCACAGAACCUUGCCUUAUUAUGCUGGUCAGUGAGAGGCUGAUCAGAUUCAAAGCUGACUAUGUCUAAGCCUCUCCUUUACACAUGAGAAAACAGAGACAGACAGAGGGGAAGUAACUCACCCCAAGUCACACAGCUAGUAAGUGGCAAAGCUAGGAUUUGAAGCCAAGGUCCACCAACUCCAGAUCCAGUGCUUUCAGCUCCACUGCUUGAUGGGAGGUGGUGAGGGGCAAGGGGAGAGAAGGCUCUAGAAAACCCCUUGCUUCCAUAUAUGAGAGCUGAAGAAGCAAAAGGAGGUUCUAGUCCCUCUGGACCCUCACCAUUUUGAAAAAUUGAACUGAAAUACUAGCCUGACCAGUAAUUGUUAGUGAUGUCUCUUCCAUUGGUCAAAAGCUAGAUCCCCAAAAGACGAAGAGCUUAGACAUGGGAGGGCCUGGUGAGAGCCUGGCAUAGGAACCAGGUCAAGACUGUCUAGCUGUUGCUUGGGCAUUUCUGUUCCCCUAUCCCCCAGCAUCUCACCAUGACCCAACAAUCAUACCUACAUCUCUUUCUCUCUUUCCCUUGGGCAUUUCUGUCCCCCCAUCCCCCAGCAUCUCACCAUGACCCAACAAUCAUACCUACAUCUCUUUCUCUCUUUCCCUUGGGCAUUUCUGUUCCCCCAUCUCCCAGCAUCUCACCAUGACCCAACAAUCAUGCCUACAUCUCUCUCUCUCUCUCUCUCUCUCUCUCUCUCUCUCUCUCUCUCUCUUUCUUUCUUUCCCUUGGGCAUUUCUGUUCCCCCAUCCCCUAGCAUCUCACCAUGACCCAAUAAUCAUACCUAGAUCUCCCCCUCUCUCUUUCCCUCGGACGUUUCUGUUCCCCCCAUCCCCCAGCAUCUCACCAUGACCCAACAAUCAUACCUAGAUCUCCCUCUCUCUCUUUCCCUUGGACAUUUCUGUUCCCCCAUCCCCCAGCAUCUCACCAUGACCCAAUAAUCAUACCUAGAUCUCUCUCUCUCUCUCUGUCUCUCUCUCUCUCUCUGUCUCUCUCUCUCUCUUUCUCUUUUUCCUUUGGGCAGUUCUCCUAGUGAAAAUGAGAUGAACUCAUUUUAGAGACAAAAUAACCAAAGACCACAUGGGAGGAGUAAACCAAGCCAUCUUUGGGAGGUGGUCAUGAGCCAUACACAAGUUGGUCUCUCUUCCCAUCCCUGCUGUAUAAAACCAGGGCAAGAAAUUAACCAAGUGGCCAGCACUCUUGUCUAGCUCUGCCCAACCAGGUGGUUUUUUUUCCCCAUGCCUCCAUUUCCCCCUGUUGAAAGCAGCCUCUCCCAUGACCUCCAAGGGCCAAGAGCAAUUGUUCUUGGACAGCCCCAUCACAGAAACAGGGAGCCUGGGACCUUCAAAUUCCAUGUACUUCUCUGGGUUAGCUUUGAGGACACAGGGAGAAGAGGAGGGGGUAGGGAAGCAAUGCAAGUGUUAAAAGAAAAAAGAAUCUGGCCCAUUGCAGCCAGCCUUCUCAGAACUGGCUCCUUGGGAGAGCUGGCAAAGUCAAGUCUGUUUUUCAGGAAUGCGGACUGAGGCUAAAGGUAGACUUCCUGUGUGUUCUUUCCUGGAGAGGGGGUAGGGAGGUUGGAGAAGAUCCCAUUCCAGAGGUAGAGAGGACUGGAGAACCUUGAAGGCAUUCAACCUUCUUUGGCCAAGAACUAGAGCCCGUCAUAUUGACCAAAAAAGUCCAAACCUUACAAAACCCCAAGAGGCCUCCUGUAACAAGAGGCCUUCUGUAAUAUGGCUUGGGAGUGAGGGAAAAUUUUCUGAAAAACUAAGGAACAAAGUGUCUCGGGCCUUCACCCUGAUGUCCACCCCACCAUAUCUAGGGUUCAUUACUGGUUUGUGAUGUGGCCACAACUGUGAGCUGAGUCAUCCAUCACUUUACUGCUGGCUUGGCCCCAAGACCAGGCCCCAAGGUGGCUGUUGCCCUUCUCCCCUGCAUCCCCAUGCCCAGGGUCCAGCCCCCCACCUCACCCCCAGCACUGGCCUCUGAGCCCUGGUGGACCUCUCUCCUAGAGUGCUUGCUUCCCCUCCCCCUAGCUUGGCCCACUUCUUCACAAAUCCCUAAGCAAAUGGCCCUUCCCAAGGUUCUGCUGGAUCCGUCUACUCAGCCAUUUCCUUCCCAAGGAGCAUUGGUCUGACGCUUCUAUUAUACUAAUAUAUUUCUGUUUGUCUUUAAUUUAAAUGAUUACUCUAGCCUUUCAACAAUGUAUAUAGUUGAAUGUAAAAGUCCAUGUAGCUAUAUGCACACAUGCGAUGCUGCCUCUACCCCAUAGGUAGGAGCUGGAAGUGCCAGUCGGGGCCCUUAGAGCUCCCCUCCAAAGCUGGGCUCUCCAGUGCUUGAAGGGACCUUUGAGCAGUGAUUUACAACACUCUGCUUGGGAGGCCCAAGGGGGGAGAAGAGGCAAAGGGGGACAGUGGCCUCGGGCUGCAGCUGAUUGCCAAUGGGAAAAGAGAAAAGAAAAGGAGGGAGGGACAGAGCGGCAAAUUGCAAAGAAACCUUAACACUCAGGCUUCUCAGGGAUUCCUGUCUGAUUCUAGGGAGGCAUCUGCUAACCUGGCCCUCUAUUCAUUGCCAGAUUGGGUGGAGAGACAAGACACCUCAGGUCCCAAGUGCUUUAGGAUCUCAGACUUACCAGGAGGCCCAAGACACAGUUGUUGAAAAUCAGCUUUCCCAAUGCCUGCCCUCACCCCCCAGGGUGUGAGGUUGGAGGAUAGAUGGUGGUUUCUCAGGGAACCAUUCCCCAACACCCCCCCUCCUCAGCCCAGGGCCCUCCCCCCAGGGCUCCCACUCUGGAGACUGGUGUUUGCAGAGGGCUUGCUUUGGGUAGCUGGCCAAUGUCCCCUCCUCUUUGCUCCUUCCAGCUCUGCAAACACCCCCUCCAACAGUGGCAAUAUUUGGCCAUGCUCAAAGCAGCUGGCACCAGGGGCAGGGCUGCCUUGUAUAUCAAACUAAGCUCCCUGGAUUCUGUCCCCCAUCCCACAGCCUGAGCAGGGGCUUUGCCUGCCCAGCCCCCCAGACAAACCAGGGGGUGGGGAGGGUCUUUGCCUCCCUCCCCUCCUUGCCUCUGAUCUUCCCCAUUGGUAGCCUGGCAGCCCGUUUCCAACACUUCAAAGGACUCUGCUGUUUGUACCAGCCUGGGCUCACUGCCCCUCUCCCACUGGCUGCUGUGGGAGGCCUGGGGAUGUCUCUUGUAGACCCAGCCAAGGCCUCCCAUAGCCCCACUGGAUGGAUAGUCCUGCCACCUCCUCCAGCCUGGGGAGCCUGAGGCCCCCACCCCACCCCACUGCUCCUUCACCUCUCCCACCAAUCAAACAUUACACAUUCAAGCUAACAGGCUAGUUUCUCCUCUCCCCCCUCCCCCAACCCUAGGCAAAUGGCCCAUCAUUUUCUGGGGCAACCCUACCCUGCUGGUGGCUCUACUCCCAGAGUCCCAGAAAAAAAAAAAAGCCUCACUGAUAGCCCCUCCUCCCAAUCAGGACACUGAUGGGGGGGGGGGGGGCAGCGGCACUUUAGUCCAAAAGAUCAAAGGCUUUCCAGGGACCUUAGAAACCAUCUAUGCCACCCCUUCAUCUUUACAGAGGAAGAAACUGACCCAGAAAGGGAAAGUAGCUUGCUUCAAGUCACAAAGCUAAUAAGUAAUCGAGCUGGAAUUUGAACCCAGAUGCUUUAGCUUGAAAUCCAGGGCUGGUUUCACUAUGACUUCAGGGGGUCAACUUCAGGAGAGGGGACAGCAACUGGAAGGGAGUUAGGGAUCCUCUUAUUACAAUGUUCACCUUUUGACCCUUGCCUUGAGAUUCCAAAGCUCACUGCAAGAGGCCCCAGAAGCUCUCAGCUGUGUUGGGUGGGGGGAGGAGAAGGGAGGGCGCCAUGGCUGGGGAAGCUAAAGUUCCCCAGGGCUAUGGGAAAGAAGGUGCCGCAUCUAAUGCCCCCUCCACCCACCUUGUCUCGAGUGGUGCUGCCAUCAUACCCAUUCCUGCCUCCAGUAGGCAGCCAAGAAACCACUGGGUGCUCCCCAACUCAUGCCGAGUGCGGCUAUCAGCUCCUGUCAAGACUUCCACCUGUCUGACCUGGUUAAGAGUCCCCUGACUUGGGGUAAAAGAAACCACUUUUCCCUUCCUCCCUCCCCUGUCCCCUCCACACCACCACCCUGGAUGCCACAAAUCUCCCUGAAAUAUGCAUUCUUUUAAGCUGCCUAAAGAACACAUGCGCUGAAGAAAAUCCCCAGCCCAAUUCCUCUGAACCAUAUAGUGCAAAUGACACUGUACCCUACUAACCAAAAUAAAAGCUUUUCUAUUUAUGCCUC